ACCUGGAGAAACAAGGUGGGGUUCUCAUUUGACAACCUUAGCUCGUAUUGAGACAAUGUGGAAUUCUGUGGUUAAGGUGUUGUCCAUGAUUCAUGAGGAUGAGCGUAAUACUAGUCGAGCGGGUGGUUUGGUGCGCAAGAUGGAGAGUUUCUCCUUUGUUUUGAAUAUGAAGUUGAUGUUGAAGGUGCUUCGCAUUACUAAUGAGCUAUCUCAGUUGCUGCAAAGAAAGGAUCAAAAUAUUGUUCAGGCUAUGUCAUUGCUUGUUGAUGUAAAAACAAGGUUGAUGUCCUUUAGAAAUGAAGGUUGGGAGCCGUUGCUUCGUGAAGUCAAAUCAUUUUGUACGGAAAAGAAGAUUCCAAUACCAAAUAUGGAUGACUCAAUACCUAGAUGGGGUCGAUCAAGGCUAGAUGGUAACUUAAUCACCCAAGAGCAUCAUUACCGUGUUGAUACUUUCUUGGCUGCUAUUGAUGCUAUUAUCACCGAGAUGGACCAUCGCUUCAAUGAGGUAUCAUCAGAGUUACUUGUUUGCUUCUCAUGUCUUGAUCCAAGAGACUCCUUUUCUAAGUUUGAUGUUGAAAAGAUUGCAAGAUUGACUGAAAUAUAUAAAGAAGAUUUCUCUGACUUGGAUCGCUCUAAUAUAAGAGACCAACUUGAGACAUUCAUCCUUCAUAUGAGAAGAGUUGAACAAUUCAAGGCUUGUCAUGAUUUUGGAAGUUUGGCUAUACAGAUGGUUAAAAGUGAAAGAGACAUUGCUUUUCCAAUUGUCUAUCGCCUCAUCAAGCUAGGAUUGCUUCUACCUGUCGCAACUGCCACUGUUGAAAGAGCCUUCUCGGCUAUGAACAUAAUCAAGACAGAUUUGCGCAAUAAGAUGUCCGAUGAAUGGCUUAAUAAUUUGAUACUCUGUUACAUUGAGAAAGAGAUUUUUAGAGGCCUUGAUGAAAGUGAAGUCAGGAAGACAUUUCAAGCCUCCAAAAACCGGGCUAUUGACUUGCCUAGGCCACCAAGAAGGCCUAGACAUGAUUAGUUCUUUAAUAGUAGUAGGCUAGUGGUGUAGUGGUUUCUCAGCUUUUGGAAUAUUGAAUUUUGGUCUAUAAAUUGGAUAUUUUCCUUGUUUGAUUGAUCUUUGUUGAAUUAAUGGACAAUUAUCUUCAAAUUAGAGGUACGAUCAUCAAUCAUUAUUUAAAUUUGACAUAGAUUAGUUAUUGAUGUGCGUCCUCACAAUAUGAUUACAAAAUUAUGUUUGCGAUGCGCCCCACCUAAAAUUUCAUCCGAGCUCCGCCACUGGCCGCAG